GGACGUCGGGAACGUGGGGUCAGCGUGCAGGCGACAUCGCACGUCACGUCCGGUCCAGCUCCACUCAUUGGGCUGCAGUAAGAUCGGUGAAUCGGGGGUGAGGGAGAAGACUAGAAAAUGGCAAAGGUUUCGGACAUGUUUGACGUGACCUGGGAAGAAAUGCGUGACAAAAUGAAGACUUGGCGGGAGGAGAACUACAGGAACGGUGAACACAUCAUUGAAGUCGGUGAAGAGUUGCUAAACGAGCACGCUUCCAAACUCGGAGACGAUAUAUGGAUAAUACAUGAACAGGUGAUGAUUGCUGCCUUAGACUGUGGCCGAGAUGACAUAGCUCUGUCCUGUCUGCAAGAAUUACGUCGGCAGUUUCCUGGCAGCCACAGAGUGAAGAAACUAACUGGCAUGAGAUUUGAAGCCAUGGAAAGGUAUGAUGAUGCUCUCCAGAUAUAUGACAGGAUAUUACAAGAAGAUCCAACUAACACAGCGACCAGAAAGAGAAAGAUCGCCAUUCGCAAAGCCCAGGGGAGGAACGCAGAGGCAAUCCGGGAGCUGAAUGAGUAUCUGGAACAAUUUGUGGGUGACCAAGAAGCUUGGCACGAGCUUGCUGAACUUUACAUCAACGAACUUGAUUAUGCGAAGGCUGCCUUCUGCCUGGAGGAACUCAUAUUGACAAACCCACACAAUCACUUCUACUAUCAGCAGUUUGCAGAAGUAAAAUACACCCAAGGUGGACUUGAAAAUCUUGAACUUGCUAGAAAAUACUUUUCCCAGUCUUUGAAGCUGAAUAACCACAACAUAAGGGCAUUGUUUGGCCUUUAUAUAUCAUCAGUCCACAUCGCUUCAAACCCCAAAGCUAGUGCAAAAAUGAAGAAGGAUAAUGUGAAGUUUGCCACUUGGGCCUCUAAUCAGAUAAAGAGAGCAUACCAGCUUGCAGGACGGACCAUGCCAGAUACUCAAACAUCUCUGAAAGCCGUAGAAAACAUGUUGGAAACGUUACAGAUCACUCAGUCCUAAGUCUUCUAAAGCCACUAACUGUACCCAUGUGACCCAGAUCUCCUAGUCAUAAUUUUGUCUUUUAAAGUGGAGCUCCAAGCUGAAAAAAAAAAAAAACGAUACGGUUAGCGAUGCCCUAAGUAGUUGUUCUAUAUUAGUUGAAGUAGGCAGCCAGCCACUUGGUGGUAACAUGGAAAAUGGCUGCCCAGUUUUAUGUUCUGAUAUCUCUAUCUGAAGGCUCAUACAGGCAUGCAUGACAUAGAUGAACCACUGCACCAACAUGUAUGAUCAGAUCUGCAGUCUACCCCCACAGUGUGUGUGUACAUGUUACUAAGAACUAGUGCUCACAAACGAUUGACAUUGCACCCCAAAAUCAGACCUUUAGCUUGGCAGCUUGCUUUUAGAAUUGACCCAGAAGACAUCCCGAAAGUAGAAUAUUUUCAGAUAUUUUGAAGCUUCUGAAAUCUGCAUUAGGUUGUUUUUUUUAAGGGACUUUCAUUACUGUGCCGGGAGUUUCACUUUCAGGUGGAAGCGCUCUAACGCUAUGAUUAAUAAACGUAAUCAUAACAAUGCAGCCUUUUCGUUCCUUAGUUAGCUGUGACAUCACAAAGGCACGGAAAGACUUGAAAUAACAACCAUCUUUUGGCUGUGAAGGAGUGAAUGAAAAUCGGUAGCGAAAUGUGUCACACUUUGUAUUUGUAGACAGGAAUGAAAGCAUGUUUUAUGCCGUAAUGCGUUAUUAAUAAUUUCACUGAAACAUAAUUUAUUUGCCUUGAUGGUUAAAUUAAAUGCAAAAUACCUUGUUUAAUUAGAUGUUAUACACCAUUUUUUAUUAAAAAAAAAUGUUUUUUCCUCCCUGA